AACACUUCCCUGAUGUCCUCCGCUGUUGUACUGCUCAUUCCCCGUUAGUAUGCGCUUUCACUUCGCCUAGCUAUGUUUGACCAACUUUACCGCAUUGUCCUGCUUCUUUCAUGUUUGCUAAUCCUCUCCGAAACCUGCUUAAGCUCCUGAAAGCCAGUUAUUUACCAGAGGAAGCAAAAACAAAAACGUCUUCUCAAGCUAGCUAGCAGUUAGCCAUUUGUCCUGAGAACUACUGUAAAAGCUGAGAUGGAAAUGCAGCUUCCACCUCACGAGGGAGACGAGCUCUCAGUCGUUGACAUGCACACCGGUGGAGAGCCUUUACGGAUCAUCCACAGCGGCUACCCAGAGGUCAAAGGUGACAGUGUGCUGGCUAAACGGCGUUAUGUCCGGGAACAUCUGGAUCACCUCAGGAGGGUGCUGAUGUACGAGCCGCGGGGACAUUACGACAUGUACGGAGCCCUGAUCUUGGACAGCGAAGAACCGGAGGCUGAUCUGGGGGUGCUGUUCAUGCACAACGAGGGGUACAGCACCAUGUGCGGACACGCCGUCAUUGCACUGGGGCGCUUCGCCGUGGACUACAAACUGGUGAAAGAACCGCGGUCACCGGAGACUCAAGUGAACAUACACUGUCCCUGUGGUCUGGUGAAGGCGUUUGUCGAGUACUCUGACGGUAAAACAGGAGGAGUGAGGUUCCUCAGUGUGCCAGCAUUUGCAUUUGCUACAGAUGUGACGGUGAAGGUGGAAGGGUUUGGUGAUGUGACGGUUGACAUCAGCUAUGGAGGAGCUUUCUACGCCUUUGUAGACGCCCAGAGGUUUGGCCUCGAUGUGACCAAGUCCAGGACUCGAGAUCUGGUAGACGCAGCCACAGCGGUGACCAAUGCCGUCAAAUCUCAGGUGAAGUUGCACCACCCAACCAGUGAUGAUCUGGCCUUCCUCUAUGGCACCAUCCUCACAGACGGCAAAGAUACAUAUUCCCCUGAUCCCACCGCCAAUAUCUGUGUGUUCGCUGAAGCUCAGGUGGAUCGGAGCCCCACUGGUUCUGGUGUUACAGCCCGGGUGGCUCUUCAGUAUCACAAAGGUCUCAUCCAGCUGAACCAGACCAGGACGUUUCAGAGUGGAGCCACUGGGUCCCAGUUCACAGGAAAAGCUGUCGAGGAGACAAAGUGUGGAGACUUCAAGGCUGUAGUGGUGGAAGUCGCCGGCAGAGCUUUUUACACCGGAGUGUCACGCUUUGUGCAGGAGCCAGACGACAAGCUGACACAUGGCUUUCUACUGAAGUGAGGCUGAAUUACAAGUUGUCUAAAUAAAAGUGGUUAUACAUGAGAAAGCUUUGCAAACAUUAGUGUUUGGUAACUUAAAACAAGAGAAAAUCUCGAAGCCAUAGAUGUCAGACUGAUCCAUGAAAAGCCAUGUGGCUGCAGGUUUUUGUGCCAAGCGAGUCAAGUUAAUUAUGGUUUGAAACACUUGAUUACUAGUAUGCAGGGGACACACUACAUGCGGUACAAGUUUUAACAGAUCUCACCAUGAAACAUUCCCAGCUGAUUACUUACAUUAACACAUUAUUUCUUGUAUUACAAGUUUUCUGAAAUGUUAUGUUGAAUAUACAAAUGCAUCCUAAAUAUGUGCUUUUUUGCUGCAUUUGCAGAACAUAAAUCUGAUCAUUGGAUAAAGCAACGUUUCAAAUUCUCAUUUCAUUUUGUUGACAUAGUAGAGUCAAAGAUUUUUACAGAGGGAAUUUUACAUAUCAUUUAAGUAGUAUGUAUCCAUAUGUAUAAUAUACAUAUGGACUACAUAAAUGCUGUCAUCAGUGAUAAAAAAGAACAAAUUUGCCAUGUUUUAUAAAUAAAGUGUUAUAUAUAAAUUUAGCUAUGAAUAAUAUAUGAACAUGAAAAAGCAUUUGUAUAUAGAUAGGCAUGAAAAUAUAGGGUUUUUUUUUUGGAGAAAAUUG